GCAUAGGCUACCCAACAAUUUGACAAGCAGAAAAGUCAAACACCUACACAUUAUCUCCUAAGGAAAUCGUUAAGUAUGUAUACAGGCAUUGCAUGGUUAGCACCAGGAAGCUGUGUCGUUCGGAAUACGUUAAAUGUGAGUAAUGUUAUAGAGAGUUGUACCGAUAUUGGAUAAUGUGUUGAAACUUCUGGAUGUGUACACUGGAGCGAAUGGACCGCUAGGACCCUUGUGUGUGGACGGCGGGAGAUACAAGUCAUGCGGGUACGUGAGGGAUUUAUCUGUUCAGUGAUUCUAAGUGUGAUUGACAGCUGGGGCUAUCUCUGUACCCUCUCGAGUCCUAGUAAUAAGACAACAGGAAGCCUUAAAUACACUGCGUCACAGACCAACCCAUGGGUAACUCGUCAGGCUCCUCCAGGACGGGGGCCAAGGUACAAUCUACACUUGUUUACAAAUACGCGCGUGAACCAUCCCUCCGGGGUUUAUAUGUGUCAACUAAUAUGUACUGUGUUUAUAUCUUAACUCUUCGUUGAUUAUUGUGAAAGGAUGCGUGUUGUAUAAACAUUGAAGACAGUAAAGAAAUUAAAUUAGAAUUUAAAAUGUCAACUGGAAUAUUUUUUAUUCUCAAGGAAUAACACUGAAUUACUAAAAUAACAAAUGGGGCAAUUAUCCAACACGUUCUGAAUGCAAUGUUCCAGUGUUACACCAAGCAUUACCACCAGUCGACUCUUUAGAAGUCAUCAGUGUCUGAGGUGCUAACGAGAUAGCAGUGUAUCCUUCGUACUUUUUUGGACGCUUUGUAUUUGUGAACUAUCCUCAGGAUACGAAUACCUCCUUGAUCAAAGCACCCUCCGUACGAUCGAUGGCCAAACUACGACUGACACAACCUAGAUAAAGGGUACGCGGUUCAACUUAAUGGUGACACUUUGUGUUAAAAUGAGUCUUUUUCAUUGUCUACUUAUUGUUUUGUGCAAUUUUGGAGAAUUGUCUUCGCUAAGGAUCGGUCUGUUAAUGCCCAAGGAUGUGUAUAAUUAUGGGAUACCCAGCUUCCAAACGUCAUCCGGAGCCUUUCAGGCGGCUCUCCAAGACAUCAAGGUAACCGGCCAGGUCGUGCAUUACACGUUCAUUGACACGUUUUGUCUAAACAGCCUCGCUCUGGCCGGCACGGCUAACAUUAGCAAACAUGUCGACGUCAUCAUUGGGCCGGCUUGUGGACAGGAAGCAAUCCACGUGGUGUCGCUCUUAGUGUCCGCUUGGGGAAUCCCCAUCAUCACUUGGACUCCAGUCGGAGAGGAGUACUUCCAGUCCCACGAAAUAACCACACUCAUCUCUACCUUUGGAACAUAUCAGAAUUUCACACGGUCUCUCGCAACGGUCCUGUUACAGCAUUCUUGGAAAAAUAUAGGUGUGAUAUACUUUGGGAACGAGGUAUGUAAGAAAAUAUCCCAUUAUAUUUCCACUGGAUUCCCGGACAGCGACAUCCUCAUCCAUCGGGUGGAGAAGUUAGAUAACUUCACCAAACUGGAAAUGAAUAAGGCUAUCAAUAACGUCAAGGACCAAGUGGCAAUUAUCAUCCUUUGUGUACCGAGUGAGUUCCUACUGGACUUCCUACUGGUGUCUCAGGAGAACGGAAUGGCCAGUGGUGAUUACAUGUUUAUUUACUGUAAGUUUAACCCACUGAUCAAUUAUCCAGCCAUGAUUAACGGCACACAUAAAGAUGAGAUAGAAAAGAUGAUGGAAUCAGUUCUCCACUUCGGCCCACAGACUAUGAUCAAAUCGUCAUAUGUUAACAGGUUCGGAACCACAGCGAAUAAUACAAUUGAUGACUUUGUGCUCUAUUUGUAUGACGCUGUGGUGAUGUUUGCUACGUAUUACAAUACAACGAUAUCAUCAAACCCUAACGCUACAGGCCUUGAUAUUGUUAAUGAAAUUAAAAGGAUGGGCCAACAUUACGUUGGUAAAUCUGGGAAUUUCAAAAUACAGAAAAAGGGGCAGGCAAUGCGUAUGUUUGGAAUAUAUCAUUACGAAAAUAAAAAGUACGAAACUGUGGCAACGAUUGAAAAUGGUGCAUACACUUCGUAUAAAACUAUAACCUGGCCUGGGGGACAUCGACCGACGGAUACACUUCCGAAUACGUGUUCUUCGGCCUCGGGCUGUGACGAUACAGAUAAUACGGCCGCUAUCGUCGCAGGCGCAUGCGUGGGGACGAUUCUCAUCAUUGGAGCAAUAUUAGUCCUCUUUGUCCUCUAUAGGAAAAAGAAGUUCGAAAAAGAACUGAUGGGGAUGUUAUGGAAGGUGAACGAGAAUGAAGUCAAAAUGCGUAAGGCCCGACCCGGUAAUGGUACCGCUGCUCACUCUAAUGGUGAACCAGAGGUCCACCAAAAGAAAAAGCUCGUAAGAAUGGAAACAAGAGGAACCCUGGGCUUCGGAUCAUCCUGUAGUUUAGACAAGAACCUUCUAUACGCGCCAAUAGGAAACUAUAAAGGCUCAGUUGUAGCUGUGAAAAACAUACAACGCAGAUCUAUCAGGUUAACACGAGAGGUAUUGCGCGAUUUGAAAACGUUACGGGAGCUACAACACGACAACCUCAAUUCCUUUGUUGGUGCUAGUCUGGAGGCACAGAAUACCUAUAUACUGACCCGCUAUUGCUCAAAGGGAAGUCUCCAGGAUGUAUUGGAAAACGACGAUAUAAAGGUCGACUGGAUGUUUAAAAUGUCAUUCGUUUUGGAUUUAGCAAAAGGUAUGGAGUUCCUCCAUAAGAGUCCUCUGAGGUCCCACGGCAACCUGAAGUCGACCAACUGUGUGAUCGACAGUAGGUGGGUGUUAAAGAUCACAGACUACGGCGCCAUCACCACUCAGCCUGAAGAACCAGACCAGGAGGAGGGCGAAUCCGAGUACUACACCAAACUGCUGUGGACGGCUCCCGAGUUGUUACGUCUACAGAAGCGGCCAUCGAAAGGGUCACAGAAAGGCGACGUGUUCAGUUAUGGCAUAAUACUUCAGGAGGUAUUCCUGAGGGUAACCCCGUACUACUUCAACCGUGCCUCUACGUCAAAAGAGAUUGUAAACAGAGUUCGUUAUAACGAGACACCCCCGUACCGACCUAAUAUCCCCGACGACAGCGAUCUACCGGACAAAGCCAUGAGUCUGAUGACGUUUUGUUGGCAUGAACAUCCGGAAAGCAGGCCCGAUUUCCAACACGUCAGAAAGAGGCUCAUCGAUUUAAAUGGGGGAAAGAAGAUGAACAUCAUGGAUAACAUGAUUCACCUGUUGGAGGCGUACAGCAAUAACCUGGAGGAGUUGGUCGCAAGCCGGACUGAGGAACUGGCUCAGGAGAAACAGAAGACCGACAAGCUUCUUUACAACAUGCUACCACCAAUGGUGGCCGAGCAAUUAAAGAGAGGGGAGUCCGUCCGUCCGGAGACGUUUGAUGACGUAUCCAUCUUCUUCUCCGACAUCGUCGGCUUCACCACCAUAGCAAGCUCCAGUGAACCACUAGAGGUUGUCGAUUUGCUCAAUGAUCUGUAUACUACAUUUGAUGGAAUCAUAGCCAAGCACGAUGUAUAUAAGGUGGAAACAAUUGGAGACGCAUAUAUGUGCGUCAGCGGCCUUCCUAGGAAAAAUGGUAAACGGCAUGCAGGAGAGAUCGCCAACAUGGCGCUCGACCUACUGAGCGCCGUGACUAACUUUCAGAUCCGGCACUAUCCUGAACGGAAGCUGCAGCUACGGAUAGGUAUGCACACAGGAGGAUGUGCGGCGGGUGUUGUGGGUUCCACUAUGCCCAGGUACUGUCUCUUCGGAGAUACUGUCAACAUGGCGUCUAGAAUGGAGUCAAAUGGCAAAGCCCUGCACAUCCACGUCAGCUCAGCCAUGAACUCUGUUUUGGAAGACCUAAAGUGGGGCUUUAUUACCAUAGAAAGGGGAAUCAUCGAGGUAAAGGGUAAAGGCCUACAAAAAACGUACUGGUUGAUUGGGAAAAGGCGGUACAACAAGCCCCUACCCCAAGCCAUCCUAGAUCUACAGGCUAAAUAUCAGGAUGCCAUGGCGACCGGUCGAGCAGUGUCACCAACGGAAUCCCAUAUAUCGGCGGGAGAACACAGCGAUAGCAUGUACGGAAGAGCCUUCAGAAAGACGUCCAUUGCCAUCAGCUUCCUGUCCUCGCUCAGCCACGACGUAAUGUCUCACAGGUCGCCAUCGGAAGUGACUGUUCGGGACCUCGCGUUAUCAUGCGAUAGUUUACGAGAACGCCGUCCAAGCAAUGACACAAUACUUUCAACAGAUUCUACACUGCCGGCAUCCUCACCGGAAAUGACGUUAAAAAGAGACGUCGUGUCUCCGAAAACCCCUGACACAUUAUUUCCCGACUGUGCAAAACCCGAAAGGACGAGAAAAAUGGCGUUUGAUAUACCAAAGAUAGAAAUAUCUUAAGAAAGCGGGAAAUUUUAAUCUUUUAUGCAAAACAAUUUGUGGCAAUUGCAGUGAUUGUAAUAGUGUUAGUAUAUACUUUAUACAACGACCCUUGUCUUCCUGUGUACAUAUCACAUGACCAAUAGACUCCGCGAAGUGUAGACCAAGGUAAUUGCCAUGGUAACACUUUGUGUUAUGUCUUUAUACCAAAGCUUUGUGCUUAAUAUCUUAUUUUAAAUGUUUCAGUUGAUAUGCAAUUUAGGUGGAGAAAUAAUUAACACAUGGGAUGUAACCGCCUGCGAGUUGUAUACUUUAUAUAUAAUUUACUUUGACACUUUUUUAAUCUUAUCAUAUCCGUGACUUAUUUCGUGUUUAGAAAUAUCGUUUCUGUGGUGAAUUAAUCAACAGCAAUGUGUGAAUGAUCAUACUUGCUUGAAUCGUGAUUAUUUUGCAUGUAUGACCUUCUUCAUUUGAGAGUAAAGUGUCAUUCGUAAGAUAUUUAAGAUAUUACAGGAUCUGUGCCGUUUAUUGCUGCUUCCACAAUUUCAUUUUCCUGUGCAAGUUUUGGAGGAGCUUCAGCUGGUAAUACAGACUGGUGCAGUGAAGGAUACAUGGUUUUGCAAUUAUUUUUGAACACAAGUCUUUCAUUUGUAUCAAAUAGAAAUUAUUGCAUUUAUAUCAAAUGUUGCAUUAUUGAAUGACAAACGCAUUUCGAUAAAACUAGUAUGUAUCCAUUGUGUCGGUAUUAUUAUAAUAUAGUAAUGAUUAGUUGAUGUUGAUUCCAAAGCAAAGUAACCUAUAGGAAAAUUGCAGUAAAUUUGUGUAUGCCAGUACAACAGAAAUUACCUAUUACCUCCCUUUUAGUAUAUUAUGCCCAAACCAAACUUCUCUACGUUGCAUGCACUUGGUUAAAAAAGAAUUCAAAAUGUUUGAUAUAUCUAAAAGGAAACAAUCCUUACAUAGAUUGGGUAUUUUGGAUACAUUUUGAAAAAACGUUUAAAAUAAUAUUAAUCAAUAUUUUUAUUAUAAACCAUAAAGUCUAACAAUGAACUAGCAAGUGUUUGGUUGCGUUUCGAUCACAAUAGAAAUUCGGUUGUAUCUUGUUAUAAUUGUAAGGUUGUAAUUUUUCCACGACUUUGGAAAUGUCACAGGUUUCUUAGGUUCGUGACACUGACGAUUCGGAUAAUCCUUAAAAAGCAAAUAGAAUUUCCAUAUACGUUAUUUACAAUAAAUACCAGUAAAACACAUGAACAAAUUUGAAGUUGAAUCGUUGUAAAAGAAUGGAAAUUGGUCACUAUAACUCAGAUUGAUAUAUCUACCAACAAGUAUAUUAUGCAACUUAGAUUAAUUAAUUAUGACAUUUUUACAUUGAUGUACCCUUGGUAAAGAUAAAGGGAUUGUUAUGCUCGUAUUGUGUUGUGUGUGUAUGUGUAAGGGAGUAAGACGCAGAAUGUCCUGAAGACAGGCUUUAUGCUAGAUUCCUCACAUAUACUGCUAAGCAUUAACAAUACAAUAUAAUACAGAUACUGUAUUUAGAUAUAGUAUAUACUUCCGGUUCAUUAUAUCUUAUUGAACAGAGCUUGAGUACAAAAGGAAUUUGUCACGUACAUACACAUCAUAGCUAUAUAGUACUUAUAUUUAAGUAUUAAAUUAAACAUUAUUUAUGUUGAUUUUUGGGCAAUACGUCUACCAAUCAGCUGAAACAUUUAUUCGGAGGUAGUCACAAACAGCAUUCAGCUUGUCAUAGUAACUGGUAGCGCAGAACAAUCGUCAUACACUCACACAGUCUGUGCUGGAACUAGUCGAGACAUAUGACAAACUAACCAAGAGUUGCGACAGCAUUUGUUGGAAAUCAGUUAUGGUCAGAUAAAAACGCCCAGUAUCUCUACUAUCAAACAGAGAACAAAAGAAUUAAAGUAAACACUCUUCAACAAGAGCACCACAUACAACUGUAGGGCUAGCACUUUGGUGGAAAUCGAACAGAUCUCAAUUUAAAUUUCUGGCAGAAUGAAUUUCUAAACUGAUAUUAAGGGUUUUUUGUUUCCUGUUUGUAUGUUAUUUUUUCUAUGACGCAGAUAUUGUUACUGGAAUGUUGUUAUAUCUAAUGCCAAACGAUCGACAUGGAGGCACGGUAGUUCAGUGGUAGGACGCCGGGGUCGUGACCGAUGGUUGCGGGUUCGAGUCACGGCACGGC